AAAUGUAAAUAAUGUGAUGAAACUAAAUUAAAGAAUUCCACAAAAUGAGGUCAAUACGACCAACGGAGCUAUUUUUCGUCGUAGGAUUUAUUUGUGAAACUGGUUUAGUCUGGACCCAGGAGUGUGGCAGGAUUCAGUCAACGGAAAAGAAUAAGAUUGUCGGAGGAACAGAUACAGCUGAAGGAGAGUUCCCAUGGAUGACAAUGCUUGAAGUACAUAAUACAUUUUUAUGCGGAGGAACCAUAUUAGACAGGACACAUAUUCUAACAGCUGCUCAUUGUUUAAUAUUGAAAGAUGGAGAAAUUAUCCCUGCCCAAUAUCUAUCAGUUCAUACUGGAAGACAUUUUCUUUUAAACGGAGGAAUUCAAACUAUUGUCAAAAAAAUAAAUGUUCACAAUGCAUAUGAUAUGCAAACCAAUGUGAAUGACAUUGCAAUCCUGGAGCUUACAGUCCCUUUAAAUUUCACUGAUACAACGGCACCAAUCUGUCUACCCAAACCAUCCUUAGAACUAGAAUAUAAUACCUUGGUAGUUGCGGCUGGUUGGGGCCGGCUUCAAGAUAAUGGGAAUAUUAGUACUUCUUUGCAAAAAGUGAAUUUAAAUAUAUUUUCUCAAAAAGCAUGCAUCAAUAUGUAUGAGGGAUAUAAGGCCGUGUUGGGUAUCCAGAACCCUGUUCUAAAAACUAAUCUGUGCACCUUAAACACUGAUGGACGGGAUGCCUGCCAAGGAGACUCUGGGGGUCCUCUUCUGUUGGAGCAAAAUGGAAAAUAUGUUCAGGUUGGAGUGACCUCCUGGGGAGUAGGAUGUGCUAACCCUAAAUAUCCUGGAAUCUGGACAAAUGUUCCAAAAUAUGUUCCUUGGAUUGAGCAAAUCACCCGAUUCAACCAAAAUGACAGAAGAUUGUCUCCUCCCCCCAGCGUAUUCUUUCCACCUCAAAAAAAAUCUCCAUAUAUAUUCCAGAAUUGUGAAAUUGCUACUUUUCGACAGCAACGAAUAAUUGGAGGAUUAAAAGCUAAUCCUGAAGAAUUCCCAUGGAUGGUUCUCACUCUUGUUAAAGAUUUCUAUCCGUGUGGGGGAACUAUAAUUUCAAGAACAUUUAUUCUUACAGCCGGACACUGCAUAUUUAAUGAAAAAUCAAAAGUAAAAUAUGAUGUGGGAGAUGUUGUUGUGAAUGCCAGACGAUUUUAUACAUUUGUUGGUGGUGAACAAUUCAAAGUCAAGAACAUUUUUCUCCACAACCUCUUUAAUCCUGUAACGAACGAAUAUGAUAUUGCGCUACUGGAGCUGACCAAGCCGAUGGAGUUCUCCCAGAGUAUAGAACCGGUUUGUCUCCCGUCAGCUGAUCAUAAAAUACCUCUUGAUGGAGAGUUUAUGGCAGCAGGCUGGGGUAUGAUAAAUAUAACAACCAAGAAGAAAGAUUCUUUUUUACAAAAAGUAAAUUUGACCAUAUACCCCCUUCAAGACUGUAUCAAUUUAUAUAAGAAUGAGAAUACUAUCAAGAAGGUUACACCUCAGCAUUUAUGUACCUUGAGAAAAGGAAAAGAUGUGUGUCGAGGUGAUUCAGGUGGUCCAUUGUUUUUGAGAGAAAAUGGAAUUUAUAUUCAGAUUGGUAUAUCGUCCUGGGGCACUGAAUGUGCAAAUUCCAAAUAUCCAGCAGUUUUCAUAAAUGUUCAUUCGUUUAGUUCUUGGAUUGAAAAUAUUGUAACUAACGAUACAACUACAAUUAGUGGUAGCACAACGUUAGUUACUUCCAGUUCAACAUUAUCAAACAUAUCUACAACAACAACAUCAAUGUCACCCUCUGGAUUUUCUUCACAUUUGCCCACCAGAUCUACGUCAAGCUCCACUACACGAUCAACAUCAAGAAUAACACCAAGAUCAACUACUACAUCAACUAAUAAAUCAACUACAAUUACAACAUCGACAACCACAACAACAACCAAAUCCACAUCUACAUCAAAGAUAAGAUCCACAUCUAGACCAACAUCUGGAGUAAAUAAUUCAUCCUCAGCAGGAUUGAUGAGUUCUUCUAGUUCUGAAGGAACCACAAAAAAACCUACAACUGGUAAACAAUCUGAUUUUACUGGAUCCUCGGAACAGUUAAGUUAUUUCUCCUCAAUCUGUACUCUUGUGAUUUUUAUUUUGAUCAAAUAAAAUACUAUUCACAUGGAUUUUAUAAUAAAUGAUAAAAAGAA